AUGACGUGCCUGGCCAGCCACGCCGCCCUUCCAGCUAGACCCAAACAGGUCAAGCUGCCAAGACUGGAUGCACUUCGGAUUGGUGCAAAUCAAGGUUCAGAACCUCGUACGGGUAAAGUUUCUUGGUCAUGCACGUCGACAUAUCGACCACCUCUCGUUUCUGCCCGACCAUCCUCUUCACCAACCAAGAAGCAAGAUGACAACCCUGCUGGCAAGAAGCUGUGUGACGGCGAUGAUGUGAUCAACUAUCAUAGGAGCAGACAGGCUGGCUCCUCCACGACUCCUGCGCAACCAUCGACAUGUCCGCCGGCGCAGACCGAUACUGUCACGCAAACAGAUUUCCAGACCGUCACACUUACCAACAAGCAGGAGGAAACCCAGACUAAGACGGAUUACCAGACCGUCACCACCGUGAAGUACAACAACCAGACUCAAACUCAGACCGUCACAGCUACUGUCACAAGUAAGGAAGAAGAAACUCAGACCGCCGUCGUCACAACCGUGCAGAAGGAGACGCAGACGAUUACGUUCUCAACCACGAAGAAGGAAAAUCAGACUUUGACUGUCACCCAAGCGCCAGCUACUGUCACGAAGACACAGUCAGAGACACUGACGACAACGACAGUCCAGGAGGAGACGCAAACAGUCACCCAAGCUCCAGCUACUGUCACGAAGACACAAUCAGAGACGCAAACAGUUACUCAAGCCCCAACGACAAUUACAAAGACUCUCGCCCAGAAUCUUACCCUUACUACCAUGGAGAAAGAAACAAAGACGGCUACAGUCACUUUGCCAGCUACCACCGUUACGACAACAGAAGAGGAGACAAAAACAUCUACAGUCUCGCUUCCGCCCACCACCGUUACGACGACAGAGAAAGAGACAAAGACGGCGACAAUUACGCAGGCGCCAACAACUAUUACUGCUACCAAAGUCCAAUCAGAGGUCCUCACCGUUACCCAGACACAGGCUCCCUCAACGGUGACUACUACCCAGGAGCAGACUCAAACAGUUACGACCGUUAAGCAGCAGACUGAGACGAGCACUGUUACACAGGCGCCAACGACUAUCACUGCUACCAAAGUCCAAUCAGAGGUCCUCACCGUUACCCAGACACAGGCUCCCUCAACGGUGACUACGACUCAGGAGCAGACUGAGACAAGCACUGUUACACAGGCGCCAACGACUGUCAUUACCACUAAAACGCAAUCAGAAAUCCUAACCAGCACUGUCACCCAAGCACCUUCUACCGUUCUUCUGACGUCAACGAUCAAGGAGGUUCUCACUCUUACGUCAACUUCAACCCAGAAGGAAGUCCAGACAAGCACAGUCACCCAAGCUCCAUCUACUGUCACAACAACCAAGACCCAGGAACAAGAGCUCACGACUACCGUAACCCAAGCGCCUUCUACAUUGACGAAGACAGAGACUCAACAGGAAGUGCAGACUGCUACGAUAACUGAGAAGAAAGUCAAAACAACGACUGAGAUCCAGACAGCUACAGUUACACAGGCUCCGUCUACGACAACCGUAACGACUACUCAAGAACAGAUUCAAUCAGUCACUGCGACGUCUACUCUGGUAAAAGAGGAGACGGAGACAGAGACGGUCACUGGGGCUCCCCAGACGACUACCGUAACCGCUACGUUGAAAGAGGUUAAAACAAACACUCAGACAAUCACUUCAACGCAAGAAGAAGUCGAGACAAAGACGGAAACGCUAGCCCCGUCGACUACGACCGUUGCAACGACCUUGAAGGAGGUUCAGACCCUUCUGGUAACCAUCAGCCAGACCGUUACUACGACCCAAGAAGCUGUACUCACUACGACCGCAACACUUGCCCCCUCAACGGCCACGGUGACUAAAUCACAACAAGAAAUCGCAACAGUAACCGAGACAGAGCAAACGACCGGAACACCAUCAUCUCCAGCGGCAAUAGAGAAGUCUGAAGGGCAGCCUAUUAUUCCUACAGGUGUUGCGUCACAGAGAAGCGAUGGCCAAGUGAACAUCCCAGCUACCGGCACCGCACUUCCACCUUCACCUUCUCCAUUCACAGGAGCAGCAGCUUCACUGAGAUGGGACAAGCACCUUACUUGGGCUGUUGGUGCACUAGUAGGGCUCGCCCUGUUGUGA